CUUUAAAUAAACGCUGCCGUCUUAUUAUUUGUCGGAAUGCCAAAGGCGGUGAUGCAAAAACAACACUAGCAACUGGCGGUCUUUUUUAAUCUCAACUCAACGGUGAAAAGGUGCAGUCUUAGCAUCUGUAAUACCGUAGUCGGAGGAGGAGGAAGUGGGAGGGAGGUUCUUUGUUCAAAUUUUCACGAAGGGGUUUAUCAUUCCAUACUUUAACAGGGGAGAUUCUUUGGCUAUUGGUUUUGAGUGCCAGAAAAUUUAAUGGCACAUCUAGGUGGUGGUGCGGAGGCACACGCCCGAUUUAAGCAGUAUGAGUACCGAGCCAACUCCAGUCUGGUGCUUACCACUGAUUCUCGCCCACGCGACACCCACGAGCCCACCGGUGAACCUGAGUCCCUUUAUGGCAAGAUUGAUCCUAAAAGCUUCGGUGAGCGUGCAUAUAGAGGCAGACCACCCGAGCUAGACGAAAAGAUUAAGAAAUCUAAGAAGAAGAAGGAGCGGGACCCACUUUCAGAGCCUGUUCCCAGUCGCCAAGCUAAGAAGCGCCGUCUGCGAGAAGAGAGUGUCCUCACUUCUACUGAGGAAGGUGUUUAUCAGCCCAAAACCAAGGAAACAAGAGCUGCCUAUGAGGCCAUGCUCAGUUUCAUUCAGCAGCAGUUGGGGGGUCAGCCUCUCAAUAUUGUUAGUGCAGCUGCAGAUGAGAUUUUGGCUGUCCUCAAGAAUGAUGCUAUUAAGGCCCCUGAUAAGAAGAAAGAGAUUGAGAAGUUGCUGAAUCCUAUUCCCAAUCACGUUUUUGAUCAGCUUGUUUCCACUGGCAGGCUCAUCACUGAUUACCAAGAUGGUGGUGAUGCUGCAGGGCCUGCUUUGGCUAAUGGUGAUGAUGCCCUUGACGAUGAUGUGGGUGUGGCUGUUGAGUUUGAUGAAGAAAAUGAGGAUGAGGAUGAUGAUAGUGAUCUUGACGCAGUGCCUGAUGAGGAAGAGGAGGAUGAUGAUGUGGCAGAGCCUAAUGGUACAGGGGCUAUGCAAAUGGGUGGUGGAAUUGAUGAUGAAGACAUGCAGGAGGCUAAUGAAGGAAUGAGCCUCAAUGUGCAGGAUAUUGAUGCUUAUUGGCUUCAGAGGAAGAUCUCACAAGCUUAUGAACAACAAAUUGACCCACAACAAUGCCAGAAGCUUGCCGAGGAGGUGCUUAAAAUUCUUGCUGAGGGAGAUGACAGGGAGGUUGAAAGCAAGUUGUUGUACCAUCUUCAAUUUGAGAAGUUCAGCCUCAUUAAGUUUCUCUGUCAUAACAGGCUUAAGAUCGUAUGGUGUACUCGUUUGGCAAGGGCUAAAGACCAACAGGAGAGGAAACAGAUUGAGGAGGAAAUGAUGAGCUCAGGUCCAGAUUUGGUGGCAAUUUUGGAGCAGUUGCAUGCAACAAGGGCAACAGCAAAAGAGAGGCAAAGGAACUUGGAGAAAAGUAUAAGGGAAGAGGCACGUCGGCUCAAGGACGAGAGUGGUGGUGAUGGUGAUAGGGAUAGGAGGGGGCUUAUUGACAGAGAUAUUGACAGUGGUUGGGUGAAAGGUCAGCCUCAGUUGCUUGAUCUAGACAACCUUGCAUUUGAGCAAGGUGGUCUUUUGAUGGCAAAUAAGAAAUGUGAUCUUCCAGUGGGUUCCUUUAGGAAUCCAGGCAAGGGUUAUGAAGAAGUUCAUGUUCCAGCCUUAAAGCCCAGACCAUUAGAGCCUGAUGAGAGGCUUGUGAAAAUAUCUGAUAUGCCAGACUGGGCACAACCAGCUUUCAAAGGGAUGCAACAGCUGAACAGGGUCCAAAGCAAAGUCUAUGAGACUGCUCUUUUUAAGGCAGAUAACAUCCUCCUCUGUGCCCCCACUGGGGCAGGAAAAACCAAUGUUGCUGUACUCACCAUUCUCCAGCAGAUUGCACUGAAUAGGAACCCAGAUGGUUCAUUCAAUCAUAGCAACUAUAAGAUAGUCUAUGUGGCGCCUAUGAAAGCUCUUGUGGCUGAAGUAGUGGGCAAUUUAUCCAAUCGCCUGCAAGAGUAUGGUGUCAAGGUCAAGGAACUAAGCGGAGACCAGACAUUGACUCGUCAACAAAUUGAAGAAACUCAAAUAAUUGUGACUACUCCUGAAAAAUGGGAUAUUAUUACCCGAAAGUCUGGGGAUCGCACUUACACUCAGCUUGUGAAACUUCUUAUAAUUGACGAAAUUCAUCUUCUCCAUGAUAAUAGAGGACCUGUGCUUGAGAGUAUUGUUGCUAGAACUGUUAGACAAAUUGAAACUACAAAAGAACAUAUCCGGCUGGUAGGUUUAUCUGCUACACUACCUAAUUUUGAAGACGUGGCAUUGUUUCUAAGAGUUGAUGUUGAAAAAGGACUCUUUCAUUUUGACAAUAGCUAUAGACCUGUCCCACUGACUCAACAGUACAUUGGAAUUACAGUUAAGAAGCCGCUGCAAAGGUUUCAGUUGAUGAAUGAUAUCUGUUAUGAGAAGGUAAUGGCUGUGGCAGGAAAACAUCAAGUUCUCAUUUUUGUUCACUCGAGGAAGGAAACAGCAAAGACAGCUCGGGCAAUAAGAGAUACUGCACUUGCUAAUGAUACUCUAGGCAGAUUCUUGAGAGAAGACAGUGCGAGCCGUGAGAUUCUCCAAAGUCAUACAGAUAUGGUCAAAAGCAAUGAUUUGAAAGAUCUUUUACCCUAUGGUUUUGCGGUCCACCACGCGGGCAUGACAAGGGUUGACCGUCAACUUGUUGAGGAUCUUUUUGCUGAUGGCCAUGUGCAAGUGUUGGUUUCCACUGCAACUCUUGCUUGGGGUGUUAACUUGCCUGCACAUAGUGUGAUUAUUAAAGGAACUCAGAUUUACAAUCCAGAAAAAGGAGCAUGGACUGAAUUAAGUCCUUUGGAUGUUAUGCAGAUGUUGGGUCGUGCAGGAAGGCCUCAGUUUGAUUCAUAUGGGGAAGGAAUUAUCAUCACUGGCCAUAGUGAACUUCAGUACUAUCUAUCUUUAAUGAAUCAACAACUACCUAUUGAGAGUCAAUUUGUAUCCAAACUGGCUGAUCAAUUGAAUGCAGAAAUUGUUCUUGGAACUGUCCAAAAUGCUAGAGAAGCCUGCAAUUGGCUUGGGUAUACUUACUUGUAUGUACGCAUGCUGCGGAAUCCGACACUUUAUGGAUUGGCACCGGAUGUUCUCACAAGAGAUAUUACACUGGAGGAGAGGAGGGCUGAUUUGAUUCAUUCUGCUGCUACUAUCCUGGAGAAAAAUAAUCUGGUUAAGUAUGACAGAAAAAGUGGAUAUUUCCAGGUUACUGAUUUGGGACGGAUCGCUAGUUACUACUACAUCACUCAUGGGACAAUAUCCACAUAUAAUGAACAUCUGAAGCCAACAAUGGGGGAUAUAGAGCUAUGCCGUUUGUUUUCACUGAGUGAAGAAUUUAAAUACGUAACAGUGAGACAAGAUGAGAAGAUGGAACUGGCAAAGCUUUUGGAUCGUGUUCCAAUUCCAAUCAAGGAAAGCCUAGAGGAGCCCAGUGCUAAGAUUAAUGUUUUGCUUCAGGCCUAUAUUUCACAACUUAAGCUCGAAGGGCUUUCUCUCACGUCAGACAUGGUGUUCAUAACCCAGAGUGCGGGUCGUCUUAUGCGAGCUCUUUUUGAGAUUGUCUUGAAAAGAGGCUGGGCACAGUUGGCUGAGAAGGCUCUGAACUUAUGUAAAAUGGUCAAUAAGAGGAUGUGGAGCGUCCAGACCCCACUUCGCCAAUUCAAUGGGAUUCCAAAUGAAAUCCUGAUGAAAUUGGAGAAGAAAGAUUUAGCUUGGGAAAGGUUUUAUGACCUUUCAUCACAAGAGAUCGGUGAACUGAUUCGCUUCCCAAAGAUGGGCAGAACAUUGCACAAGUUCAUCCACCAGUUCCCUAAGCUAAACCUGGCAGCUCAUGUUCAGCCAAUCACUCGUACAGUCUUGAGAAUUGAACUCACUAUAACACCAGACUUCCAGUGGGAGGACAAGGUACAUGGAUAUGUGGAGCCUUUUUGGGUCAUUGUGGAGGACAAUGAUGGUGAAUAUAUUCUUCAUCAUGAGUACUUUAUGCUGAAGAAGCAAUACAUUGAUGAGGACCACACGUUGAACUUUACAGUGCCUAUCUAUGAGCCAUUGUCCCCUCAGUAUUUCAUACGUGUUGUGUCCGAUAAGUGGCUUGGGUCACAGACUGUUUUACCCGUCUCUUUUAGGCACCUUAUCUUACCAGAAAAGUAUCCUCCACCAACAGAGUUAUUAGACUUGCAACCUCUGCCUGUUACUGCUUUGAGGAAUCCAUCGUAUGAAGCUCUGUAUCAAGAUUUUAAACAUUUCAAUCCUGUACAAACUCAGGUAUUUACAGUUCUAUAUAACACAGAUGACAACAUUUUGGUUGCUGCUCCAACAGGGAGUGGGAAAACUAUCUGUGCUGAGUUUGCUAUAUUGCGGAAUCUUCAAAAGGGACCUGAUAGUAUCAUGCGUGCUGUGUAUAUUGCACCUCUUGAAGCAAUUGCAAAGGAACGUUAUCGAGAUUGGGAGAGAAAGUUUGGUCAAGGUCUUGGCAUACGGGUUGUUGAAUUGACUGGGGAAACAGCGACUGACUUGAAACUGCUUGAAAAGGGUCAAAUAAUCAUCAGUACUCCAGAGAAAUGGGAUGCCUUGUCUCGUCGCUGGAAGCAAAGGAAGUAUGUGCAACAGGUGAGUCUAUUUAUCAUUGAUGAGCUCCACUUGAUUGGGGGUCAAGGUGGUCCUGUUUUGGAGGUGAUUGUUUCUAGAAUGAGGUAUAUUGCCAGUCAGAUUGAGAACAAGAUUCGAAUUGUGGCUUUGUCAUCAUCUCUUGCAAAUGCCAGGGAUCUUGGGGAAUGGAUUGGAGCCACCUCCCACGGCCUUUUUAAUUUCCCUCCUACUGUGCGUCCUGUUCCCUUGGAAAUACACAUUCAGGGAGUGGAUAUUGCCAAUUUUGAAGCGAGGAUGCAGGCCAUGACCAAACCAACAUAUACUGCAAUAGUCCAACAUGCCAAAAAUGGGAAGCCUGCUAUCGUGUUUGUUCCAACAAGAAAGCAUGUGCAGCUCACUGCAGUGGAUCUGAUGACAUACUCUAGUGUGGACAGCGGAGAGAAGCCUGCUUUUAUGUUGCGAUCCUCAGAGGAACUGGAGCCUUUUGUUGGAAAGAUUCAGGAUGGAAUGUUAAAAGCCACUUUACUUCAUGGAGUUGGCUAUUUGCAUGAGGGCUUGAGAAGUUUGGAUCAAGAGGUUGUGUCACAGUUGUUUGAAGCUGGGUGGAUUCAAGUUUGCGUUAUGAGCAGUUCAAUGUGUUGGGGGGUGCCAUUGUCAGCACAUUUGGUGAUUGUGAUGGGAACUCAAUAUUAUGAUGGACGUGAAAAUGCUCACACAGAUUACCCUGUUACAGAUCUCCUACAAAUGAUGGGUCAUGCUAGUCGACCUCUUCUAGAUAACUCUGGAAAGUGUGUCAUCCUUUGCCAUGCACCCAGGAAAGAGUAUUACAAGAAAUUCUUAUAUGAAGCAUUCCCUGUAGAGAGUCAUUUGCACCAUUUCCUGCACGAUAAUUUUAAUGCAGAAGUUGUUGCUGGAGUUAUUGAAAACAAGCAGGAUGCUGUGGAUUAUCUUACAUGGACUUUUAUGUAUCGGCGGCUCACUCAAAAUCCAAACUACUACAAUCUCCAGGGUGUCAGUCACAGGCAUCUUUCUGAUCACCUUUCAGAGCUUGUUGAAAAUACAUUGAAGGAUUUGGAAGCAAGUAAAUGUGUUGCUAUUGAGGAAGACAUGGAUCUGUCUCCAUUGAAUCUUGGCAUGAUAGCAUCUUACUACUACAUCAGCUAUACUACUAUCGAGCGUUUUAGUUCUUCUUUGACUCCCAAAACAAAGAUGAAGGGUCUUCUGGAAAUUUUGGCUUCAGCUUCAGAGUAUGCACAACUUCCAGUACGACCCGGAGAGGAAGAGGUGCUUCGGCGGCUGAUCAAUCACCAGAGGUUCUCAUUUGAAAAUCCUAGGUACACUGAUCCACAUGUGAAGGCAAAUGUACUUCUACAAGCCCAUUUCUCGAGGCAAUAUGUGGGUGGGAACCUAGCGCUGGAUCAGCGAGAGGUGCUCCUUUCUGCCGCUAGAUUGCUUCAAGCAAUUGUUGAUGUUAUUUCGAGCAAUGGUUGGUUAAGCCUUGCUCUUCUUGCGAUGGAAGUUAGCCAAAUGGUGACUCAGGGGAUGUGGGAGCGUGAUUCAAUGCUUCUGCAGCUUCCACACUUCACAAAGGAAUUGGCAAAGAAAUGCCAAGAGAAUCCUGGAAAGAGUAUAGAAACAGUGUUUGAUUUGGUAGAAAUGGAAGAUGAUGAGAGGCGGGAGCUUCUCCAGAUGUCGGACUCACAGUUGCUAGAUAUUGUGAGGUUUUGCAAUCGCUUCCCAAACAUCGAUAUGUCAUAUGAGGUGAUAGACGGUGAGCAUGUGAGAGUGGGAGAAGAUAUAACUUUGCAGGUCACCCUUGAACGAGAUAUGGAAGGAAGGACAGAGGUGGGACCAGUUGAUGCUCCCAGGUAUCCUAAAGCCAAAGAAGAAGGAUGGUGGCUUGUUGUGGGUGAUACCAAGAGCAACCAGCUGCUUGCUAUCAAGAGGGUUUCUCUCCAGAGGAGGUCAAAGGUGAAGCUCGAGUUUGCUGCUCCCUCGGAAGGUGGAAGGAAGUCUUAUAAUCUGUUUUUUAUGUGUGAUUCUUAUUUGGGCUGCGAUCAGGAAUAUAGCUUCGACGUUGAUGUCAAAGAAGCAGGUGGCCGGGAUGAUGACGGUGGGAGGGAGUAAAAUCCAUUUUUUGAUUUUCUAUUUAAUAACUUUUUGUAGCAUCGAUGAUAACUAUUAAAGUGAUUUUGGUCGGUGUAUUUGCUUUUCUUCUUGAUUAUCUGAUGCAUGUAACUUGAUUUCCCUGAACAUACUCUUGUGAUGGAGGUGAAAGUAUUAUUAUAUGUGGCGAUGCCUUAAUUUUCCAUAUCUAUACAUUAUGUAUGAGUUCACUUCUUGAUAAA